UGAUAUAUGAAACCAAAUAUAAGCAAAGUAUCUUGAAUCGGUAAUGGACAAUUUUUUUGAGAGAAACAGUAUAGCCAACCACCAUUGCAUACGACCGGCUAAAUUCAAAAAAGUUGAGUGCCAGCAGAGCCGUUACAGGUGCACAUACAAGAAUAUUCCGCGAUUUAGGCUUUCUUUUCCAAAGACUCCAGGAGACAAAUAGGUAAGUAUAAGCUGUCCAUCUUUUCUAAAAUAAGAUGGUACAUCCUAAGGCACACAAAUUUAAUAUUUUCUAGGUGGUCCAGAAUGAAUAUUCCUUCAGAAUAUGUUGUGGAAAAGGACAAAAAAUUGUCAAAAGAUGGGAAGCUUAUUUUAAGAGCCAACUUCACCAGCAAAGAGGAGGUUGAAGAGUGGCUACAAAUCUACAAAUCCUCAACCAGUACUGAAUGGAUCAUCAAGGACGAACCAAAAGACUUGAAAAAACUUGUGUUUCACAAAUAUUGGCUGUGUCAACUGAGUAAACUAAACAAAUCCAAAAAUUCAAAGAGGGAUAAGGGAUGCAAAUCACGUCUAGAUAUAAAAAUUAAAAAAAUCAACAAGGACACUGUGAAAAAUGACAGAUUUUUCUUGAAAAGAGAAACUCCACUUCCUGCUGUCAUAACUAUCACCCAGCAUAAUCAUAAGACAAAGGGUUGCUUUGAAACUCUCAAGUACUUACGUGUAGCUAAGGACACUUAAGAAAAAUUAAAUAAAUACUUUGGUGAAGGCUUUGGUCCAGGAGCAGCCUACCGAAUGAAUGAUUUGUCCUUAAAGCUGAUGCCAAACAGUGGAGAAAUACGUGCUAAUUCUGCUGUAAACCCAACACCCAGAAUGGUACAAUACCUCUUUGACCAAUGGAGAAACUCUGAGUAUGGUGAAUCCUGGGGAUGUGAUCCUUUCCCUAAAUUGCGAGAAAAAAUUUCUCUUUAUGAAUCUGAAGGUAAGUCAUAUAAAUAUAAAAGAUGUGGAGCUAAUUAUUUAUUUGAUUUGUUCAACUUUUUUCCUGGUUAUAAGUAUUUUUUCCUGUUGAUAUUUUUAGGCACUUCCAUACAUAUUGACGACUCUGAUUCGGAUGAUUGGGCUGUUCUUGUUGUG